AUGCGUUUCUCCGCCGUUGUUGCCGCUCUCCUGCCCGUUGGUUUCGCGCUGGCCCAGACCACCCACACCGUCAAGGUCGGUGAGAAUGGCGGCCUGACCUACGACCCCACCUCCGUCACUGCGGCCAAUGGCGACACGAUUGAGUUCCAGUUCUUGUCCAAGAACCACACCGUCACGCAGUCGACGUUCGCCUCGCCCUGCUCGAACAUCACCGACGCGACCGGCCUCGUCACUGGUGUCGACUCUGGCUACCAGUUCGUCCCCACGAAUGCCACCUCGUUCCCCGUGUGGAGCAUCACCGUCAACAACGCCUCCACGCCCCUCUGGUUCUACUGCCGUCAAGCCAAGCAUUGUCAGGCGGGCAUGGUCUUCGCUGUGAACCCUACGGCGGCCAAGACCUACGAGGCGUUCGCCGCGGCGGCUGCCCUUUCCGACGCCGUCGACGGCUCCGCCUCGACCACCAACGGUGCCGCUUCCAACACGACCACCAGCGGUACCGCUGCCGCUAGCGGCAGCGCGGCCAGCGCGACGGGCUCAACGGGCUCGGCCGCCGCCUCUGGUGCGCUGAACCCCUCCGCCAGCGCGUCCGGCUCGACCGCCUCGCCCAGUGCAGUCGGCACCGGCAACGGUGCUGGCGCAGUACACGCCGGCGCCGGCGCGAUGCUCCUGUCGCUCGCCGGUCUCUCGCUCGGCAUGCUCCUCUAA